UACAGCGUCCUCUCAUCGCAUCCACCGCUUACACCGAAACUACCAUCUCACGACAUGUCGGGUCGAGCUGGUGGCUUGUACGGCGGUAUCCAAUUUUCAUCCUCUAAGCCAUUCAUCUCCUCGUCAGUCUCCCAGGUCUCAUCUCCACCCAUUCAACCGGUUACUGCACCAGCAACUGCAGAGCAGCCUACGACAGCUGCACCUCCUUCCGCACCUGCAGUGGCAGCAGCAGCAACAGCGAGCAAUGCGACAAAUGAUUUAGGCGCCUCUGUGAAGGCUUCAGCCGGAUGGUCCGCCAGCCUCGCAUUCGCGCCAAUACGCCGCAACCCAGCUCAGAAGGCAAAGCCUGCGGCACCCAGGCUUCCUGCCGGCGCUGCAGUGGCUGCAACCAUUACCACUGCUGUACCAACGAUGUCCACUUCGACCAUCUCGAGCACGGCCGUGGUAUUCGCUCCUCCAUCCCUGGUUGAAGCAGCACCUGCGCCUGGAUCUGUCGCCCAAGAGACAGCAGGUAUUCUUCCCCAAACUCAGGGAUGGGGCAAGAAAGUCAAACCGCCGUCGAUGGUGCUCGAUGAGGACGUCAAUGGGUUUAAGGCAACGCAGCGUGGAGGCAAAAAGAGCGGCGGCGGCAAGAAGCACAAGAAGAACAAGCAUGUACCGGCUCUGCUGACGUGGGAUCCAAACGAAAUGUACGACCCGAUGAGACCGAGCGACUACAAUGAAUACAAGAUAUGGAAGCGCAAGGAUGCAGAGGAAAGACGUAUCCGCAUAAUUGAAGAAAGGAGGCGCAUGGAAGACCGUAAGCGGCACAGAAGCUCGAGCUACUCCGAGGACAGCCAGGCUAGCGGCUCCGAAGAUGAAAGACCUCGGAAGGCUGGUGGGCUUAGCGUAUCUCAUCCCCAUGGCGCUGUCCUUAUGUCCUUACCAGGCCGAUACGACGACGACUCCACGCAAGAUAAUGGCCGCGAAGAAGACGAUUUUGACCGCCCGCGCGGCCUAGAUGUCGCACCAAGCCGUGUUGUCCCGAUCGACGUCAAUCUCACUGGAGAUGAAGCAUACCAACGUCGCCUUGCCAUGUCCCGAAGCGUCCAGCCGGCCACCUCACCUGUGCCUUCUUUCACAGCCGCAGGGGUGCCUUCAGUGUCGUCUGAUGUCGGCCUCCCAGCAAGCAGUGACCGAGACGACGAGAUGCCCGAUGCACUUCCUACUCGCGCUCUGGUGGACGAGACAGGGGAAGAAGUGUAUCUUCGUCGUCUGGCGAUGUCACAGCUGCAGCCUGUGCCCCGAGCUGCAGCAAAGACGCCGGAGCCGGAUUCACCUGCCCUCGCAUACAACCCUUUCGAACCGUCUGCUUCAGUGCCUCCUCCAUCUGCAGCUGGCCUACCGCUCUCAGGCAAUGCGUUGUCCGAGGAGAAAGUUCGUAGCAGCAAGGAAGCGGCUGCUGCCAUUGCCGCGAAGCUGCGCGCCCUGAAGCCCCCCGAGUCGGACAUGGCAGGCUCAGGCGCUAGCACGCCCACAGCUGAUGUAGAGCAGUCAACUGAUGCACCUAAAAGACCCGAUCCUGCUGGCUUUGCCGCUCGUUUCAUGGCAAAGUGGGGUCAUAAAGAAGGGCAAGGCCUUGGUGCAGAUGGCAGUGGCAUUGUGCAUGCUCUUUCGAUGGAGCAGGUGCAAACUGGAAAGGGCAAAGGCGAGAAGGGCAAGGGCCCGUCUGUCGCAUCUAAGAUGGGGAAGAUUGUCAACAAGAAUGAGGAUGCGAAGGCGCGCGAAGACCGCGAACGCUUUGGAGAGCCUAGUAGAGUGGUGGUCUUAACCAACAUGGUUGGUCCUGACGACGCGGAUGAUGAGGAUCUAAGAGAAGAAAUCGGCGAUGAAUGCUCUAAGAACGGCACCGUAGAGCGGGUCAUUGUACACCUCGUCAACCCGCCGCCUCCGACAGAAGAUCUAGCAGUGCGCAUCUUCGUACUAUUUGCUGGUCCGGUUGGCGCAUGGAAGACUGUUCGUGAGUUGGACGGAAGGUACUUCGGAGGACGCACCGUUCGUGCUCGGUACUUCUCCGAGAAUCUAUUUCAGCAAUACGCUCUGGAUGUGCCCCUGUAGUUAUAGCUGUGUCGGCGAACGUAUUGUAUCUAGUGCUCUAUCCGCCAAUUCUUACACCGACGAAUUCAGCGUCUAUGAUUACAUCCU